AUGUAUAAUUAAUUUAUUGAUGAUGGAGGAUAAGAAAGAUAAAUCUAAUAUUUAGUUGAUUUAGGUAUUAUGUUAUUUAAGAAAGGAUUUCCUGAAAGAAAAGCAAGAAGAGGAGUAGAAUAAUUUGGUUAUACAAUAUCUUUAGAAGAUUUGAUUAAUAAAAUUUUAGAUAUGAGUGAUGAUAAUUCAAAGAAGUCAAAUGGAAAUAAAAUCAGUUUGAUUCAUUUUUCAGAUUCUAGCAGUGAAAAAAACUCUCCUUUUAACUAACCUUUAUAAUAAUCAUAAUCUUAAAAAUAAAAUUAGGGUAAAUAGAUUUAAUACCCUCAAAAAUAAAUGAGUAAGUAAUUAUAAUAGCAAUAAAAACCAUAAUAAUAAUACUAAUAAUAGUAAUAACUUUAAUAAUAGAAUUAAUACUAGCAAUAAGUUUAGCUACAAAAAUAAUAAUUAUUUUAAUAUUAAUAGCCUUUUGAACAUGAAGAAUUUGCUUAAUGUUAAGUUUGUUUCACUUAACCAAUAUAAUGGGUUCAUUUUGAAUGUAAACAUAAAUUCUGUUAACCAUGUGUGAUUAAGAAUAUAAAAGCAUCAAGAAUAAGAAAGACAGAAUAAGUUACUUGUUUAUAAGAAGAUUGCCAUUAAAAAUUAAUUAAAGAAGAGAUUCAUUUAGUUAGUAAUGAACUUUUACCAUAAAUAGAUGUAUAUUUUAUUUAUUUAUAAUAAUAAUUUAGAUUGAACCAUAUUAAGAACCAAUAUGUACAAAAUGUAAAUUACCAAUAGUAGCUCAUAAAUUUAAAUUGUUUUCUAAUGCAUGUGAUAAUGCAGAAUUCACUAUAUUAAGUGCCUGUAUUAAACAUGAUGAAGAAGGAAAUCAACUUUAAAGAUGUCCUUAAUGUGGUAUAUGGGUUUAAAAAUCUAAAGGGUGUAACUCGGUUUUAUGUUCGUACAUUUUUUAUUUAUAAAAAGAUUAGCUAUUGUAAAUUUAAUUGGUGUUGGUUAUGUAGAAGAGAAUGUGAUAGUAAUCAUUAUGUAUUUUUUAAUCCUGUUGGAUGUCCAGGUUUAGGAGCUGAAGAAUUUACUAUUGAAUAAUAUCCUUGCCAUAAAAUAUGUUGGAUUAGAGUAAAAGUAAUUUUAAUCUAUUUCCUUUUAAUUUUACUAUGUAUCAUUGUAUAUCCUUUUUUUGUUGCUUAAGUAAUUAUAAGAAGAAUGAACAUUGAUACUCAAGGAAAUAUUUGUUAUCGUUUAUUAAUCUAUACUGGAAUUGCAAUUUUAUUUUUAGUAUUAUCUUGUUUAGCUAUCUUUCCAGGAAUUAUUAUUUUUAUUGUUUCAGAAAAAGCAAGAAGAACAGUAUUCGUUGGUUGA